CUUACCUUGCCUUUCCGCCACACAACUUACGUAAAACCGUCCUUUCCACUUUUGCCCCUAGAGAAACCAGGAAAUUCCCAUUUCCUUCGCCAUCGUCGUCGGCUCUCGGUCUCCCUCCCCCUCGCAGGCAUCCGGCUAUGGCCGCAAACACAUGAACGCUGCCACUACCUAGGAGGUGUAGCUUCUGGAAGUUCGUCGAUAUGGCCAUUCCCUCCUCGUCUUCUUCACUCCUUCCUUCUUCCCACCCGCUUGUCCCGUCAAUUUACCCUCCAUUAUCUUCCUCCUCGUCUACUUCUUCCUCUUCCGUACUGUUCCCUGGUGGCCCCAACCUCAGGAGCUGCCACAAGCUCUCCGUCUCCUUACCUCUCCAGUACUCGCAUAGAAACGGUAAGUCCUCCUCCUCGAGGCGUUUCGGAACGGUGGUCGUCAGAGCUUCCGGGGACUACUAUGCCACUCUCGGCGUCCCCAAGUCCGCCAGCAGUAAGGAGAUAAAGGCGGCUUACAGAAGGUUAGCUCGUCAGUACCACCCCGAUGUAAACAAACAACCUGGAGCAACUGAAAAGUUUAAGGAGAUCAGUGCUGCAUAUGAGGUGCUAUCUGAUGAUAAAAAGCGGGCUCUAUAUGAUCAAUAUGGUGAAGCCGGAGUCAAGAGUACUGUUGGUGGAGCAUCAAGUGCUUAUACGACAAAUCCUUUUGAUUUAUUUGAAACAUUCUUUGGGCCGAGUAUGGGCGGUUUUCCUGGGAUGGACACAACUGGGUUUAGGACACGGCGUCGUAGUACUGUUACAAAGGGAGAAGAUCUACGAUAUGACAUGACUCUAGAGUUUUCUGAGGCUAUAUUUGGAUCGGAAAAAGAAUUUGAGCUCUCCCAUUUGGAAACCUGUCAAAUCUGCUCUGGUACUGGAGCUAAAAUUGGCUCCAAGAUGAGGAUUUGCUCAACAUGUGGAGGCCGAGGACAGGUUAUGCGUACAGAGCAGACUCCCUUUGGCAUGUUUUCCCAGGUUUCUGUUUGCCCAACCUGUGGUGGAGAUGGUGAGGUGAUAUCAGAAUACUGUCGAAAAUGCUCUGGUGAAGGGCGUGUCCGUGUUAAGAAGGACAUAAAAGUCAAAAUUCCUCCAGGAGUCAGCAAAGGAAGUAUUCUCCGGGUUGCUGGAGAAGGUGAUGCGGGACCAAGAGGAGGUCCUCCCGGCGAUCUUUAUGUAUAUCUUGAUGUUGUAGAGAUACCCGAGAUACAAAGAGAUGGCAUAAAUCUCAGUUCAACAGUCUCUGUUAGUUAUCUUGAUGCAAUAUUAGGAACUGUUCUAAAGGUGAAAACUGUUGAAGGAACGACUGACCUUCAAGUUCCCGCCGGUACACAACCUGGGGAUGUGCUUGUACUGGCUAAAAAAGGUGCACCAAAACUGAAUAAGCCAUCGAUACGUGGGGACCACUUAUUCACGAUUAAAGUUACCAUCCCGAAACGUGUAAGCACAAAUGAACGGGAAUUGCUUGAAGAAUUAGCCGUGUUAAGUGGUUCUAGUAGCAGCAGAUCGCGAAUUAGGCCUAGAUCUCAACCAACUAAUAAAGCCACAACUAUAGGGACUCCAUUGGAAGCUGAUGUGGAGAAAACUGAAGAAGAAUCAGAGACCCAGAGCGAUGAUUGGUUGAAAAAGUUGACCAAUUUUGCCGGGUCUGUUGCAAAUGGAGCUCUCAAAUGGAUAAAAGACAACCUGUAGUUUUGAAUCUUCCUCUAGAUGAAGCUUAAUCCUCAGCUAUACCUGUCUUUUGCAUCCAUAGUUGCGGCCGGGAAUUCUUCUGGCCUUACCCUUGAAGUGGCUCCUGAAAGAGAUUAACCAUUCAUCUGGUCGACCUUUUAGUUUUCAGCAAAGGACAAAUGAUUAUGAGGUGCAAAAGCUAGCAGGUAUUCUUUCAUUAUUUCUUUGCUGGUGUAAAUUCUAGUGAUUUGUCUGUCAGGCGAUAAAAAGAAGAUUUGCUUCAGCAGAGUGUACCGAAUAUUUGAUUCGAGAAAGGGGUGGGAUGGAUAAAGUGUACUGAAUAUACCGAACACGCAUGAUAUGUUGGCGUUGCAAAUUGAUGAGAUUUACUUCGCACAUGUUAUGCAGGAGAGGAGAUUUUUCGUGUUCUAUUUUCUGGUUCUUCUUGGUGAAUUACUCUGUUGCUGUGCAGAACAGAAUUAUAGUAGUAAGACGUGUUCUCGUCUUUAAUAAAUUGAUUGGAUAACCAAA